UAAGGUUGUAGUGGUAGCAGUGAUCCAAACGCGAGUGAGAAAGUAUAAUCGAAGUGAAAAUGUCUUUCUGACAGUUCCUUUCCAUCAUUCCCAUAUGUGGAACAGAGAAGUCAAAGCCGUCAAAGCAAUCGAAUGAAAAUUUCACUGCUCACUGCUUUCUGAUACUCACUAAAUACGCAGGUUGUGAUCACGACGUACCCACAACAGAAGCACCUUGGUGUGCAGUGAGCUCGGGUCAUCUUAUUCGGUCGUGUGAACUUGCCAACGUAAUCAUUGCUAUUUUUAUUUUUCGACUCCGCAUACGAUUUUUCUACUCUUGUCUCACCCGUAUAGUGCUGGAUGCAGAACUCUGCGAAUUCUACGUCAGAAGCUGCAAAGUUCCUCCGGGACCCCCAUCCGAUAAGGAUUCUGCCCAAAAGUGGCGAAAACAAAAGAUGGCGUUAAACAUCGCUGUUCCGCUGACGACCGUCGGAGAUCUGUUGGACGGCUUCGGGCUACUGUCACCGAUUUCACCACUCAGUGUCGACUGUUGUGGUGUUACGACCACCGGAAGCCAUGGCCAGAAGCAGCUGGUAUCGCCCGUUGGCAGCGAAUCGAGUGGCGUUAGCUCUCUGGAUUCUGACGAGAUUAAGAAACCGUCCUCGCCACCAACUACACCAACGGAGGAAGUGGAAAGCCCAACGACUAGUUCUCCAUUGUCAUCCCCCGAGAAGACUAUUUCGGAAACAGUUAACGAGUCGGAGUCGAUCGAACCAAAAUCGUCUAGCUCGUCGUCAUCGUCGGCAUGUUCGUCGCUUUCGUCCACGGAUAGCAUCAGCAGCAACAGUGAUGGCAUCGGCUCGGACGAAUUCGUUGAUGCCACAGCGCAGGAUCUGCCCGAUUCGGAACCGACAAUGCCGAAGGUGGUCAAAGUCGAAAUUGGUGGCCGCAACGUGCUGAAUCUUCUGGACAACCUAACUUCGCCGGAUCACUUCCGUUUGCAAUUCGCUCAGCUGCCGGAGAAUGAUAAUAUUCAUUUCUUUCUGGACAAUCGUUCCCAGUACCAUCGUUUGGGAGCGAAUGGCCAUAUUCAGGAAUACACGAUGGUCAAGUGUAAGUGUUGUGAUUUUCGAUAUCCGGUAAAUGGAACAUCACCGUCAAACGGAGGAGGAGCUACAGCGAGCAUGGGGCAGGUCAAUUUGGCGACAAUUUUCCAGCAACAGCAACAACACCAGGCACAGCAACAGCAAACGUUCCAGUGGAAAAGCUACAACAACUACGAUAGUAUUUCAAAUAGGAAUAAGAUGGGUUUAAACGUUGCAGUCAAUGCAUUUAACAAAACAUUCGGUGGUGGCAACAAUGGCAGUCAGUAUUUCCGCAACAACGUGGCCACUAGUCUUUUUGGAAGGGAUUCCAACCGCAACAACAACAACAGUGGCGGCAAUUUUCUCAACAGUAACAGCACCAGCACGUACAACAACCACAAAGCAUAUCAGCAAGGAUUCGGUUCAUCAAACAACAACGGCAAUAACAAGUUCAGCUCUCAAUACGGCAACUAUCAAUUCCAACAGCAACAACAUUCGCAACCGCAGCAGUUGUUCUCCAAGAGUCAGCAAAUGCGUUACGCCAUCAGCAAUAGCAAUGGAUCUGCUGCGCUCGCUGCGGCCGCUUCCGCUUUAGCAAACCAAAAUAUGCUGAACUUUAACAACUUUAACAGCAAGAAUAACAUGGCUGCGUACUUCGAUGCCAGAAUGAACUGAAGGGUUUCCCGUGAACGAGCAGAACGUUAUUCCAGUAGGACACCGAAAAGUAAUCGGUGUCGUCGUUCGAUGAUUGUACAGCGAUUGUUAAUAGUUCAGCACCAUUGUGUCUCCCAUUCAUCGUCGUCUUCAUUAUCGUCGUCAUAUCGCUAACGGGACGUUCGUGAGAGUUGACCACUCCCUGUAUGUCCGUAUCCGGCCGAGCUGUAGUAGUUCCUGACGAAUCCUUCCAAAAAAAUCGGCGUAUAAGAGAACAAAUCGUGACCAGCCAAAUCAAAAUAACAAAUGUGGAAUGGAACGAGAGGUUGCUAAUCAGAACAUCAAAAUUAAAGUUUUUUUUACUUCAGGAUAAUUAACGCAAGCCAGCAGAUCCGUUGUAAUUAUUUUACACACAAACAUACAAGCUUACAUAUAUAUAUUUUAGAAUAAUUGACCUUGCAUAAGAAAUCAAUGUUGAAUUUUAGUUAUUUAUUAUUAAUAUCGAUGUCGAUUGUAUUUCCAAGCAAAAUCCUAAAUAGAUCGAGCUCCUAAUAAGUUAGAUCCGAUUUACCUGUGCUAUCAAUUAGUAUUUUAUCAUGCAUCUAGAGAUGGACCCCAGAAAGCAAACAAACGUCAUAUAGCCGAUGGAUCGAUCGAUUGUCGUCCUAUUUUUUACUGGAAAUAUGAUGAUAGAGAAUUUAUACUACUAGACAGAGGAAAGGAUCUCAUAGUCAAUCAGUUGGAUUAAGACCGAAAAAAAACAACACAAAACACGAACCGAGAAAUGUAGGUUAAAAAUUUAGGGCACAGCCUUUUAGAGUAGAUAAAGACCGAA